AUUUUCAUAAAAGGUAGUCGGGAUUCCGUUAAGGAAGUGGAAGUCUCGAAACAACUAGUGGUUAUAUAAAUGGUGAAAACGUAUUCGUCUAGUGCAUUAUCAGAGACUUGUACGUACACGUUGGUACCGCAUCGAUAUAUCAAUACAAUUUGUGGAUAAUUUACAACUAAACCCAAUCUCCCAAUUUCGGGGAAAAUUUUUGUGAAUAGAGAAUACAGUCUUCCAUUUGCUUUUACUUUUAGUGAAUACAAAUUCUCUAAUGUCUUCGUGUGAAGACCUUUUUCAAAGUUUCUCUCGCAAACUUGAUAUUUCCAAUAUAUCUAGUGACCUAUUCUCUGACUCAUCUACCAAAUCACUUGGAGUAAAAGAGAAACGGAAGGAUAAACAAGACCGUGUGACUCAUAACGUCGGUGAACUUAUUCCAGACUUUUCUUCGUAUGAAAAACAUGAAUUAGUUGUGGAAUCGGAUCUUAGUAACCAUACAUCUAGUUUUCACUAUCAACUAGCGAAUUGUAAAAAAGAACGUACUACCCCACCUGAGUAUCUUCCGAACUUGGUCGUAAAAACUAAACCUUAUGAUAUUUGCAUUAGUUCAUCCACUGCAUUCUGUAGUACCCCUGGACCUUCAAACUCUCUUUCCAUCUUGAAGUCGCAUAAAAAUGCUCAUGAUUUACCAGCACCUAAAAUUGUAUCAGGUGAUGCUUUAGUGAAUACUCUUCAGGUUACACCUAUUCACCCAGUAUUCACAAAUCGAAAAUCUACCGUGAAUUUUCAAAUGGGAAAUAUUUCACCACAAGUAAAUUGCCAACAAACUUUAACACCAUCCUAUCACCCUAUUUCUACAUAUAAUAAGAAUGAAUUAGUUACUCAUGGCCUAGAUCAAAUGCCUUUAAAUUCUCCACAUGUAUUACAAUGUUGUAAUUUGUCUACUGCAUCUACAAAUCAACAGAUUGAACAUGAUCAUAUUCCAAUUCAUUCAUCAUUUUCUACAGUGAAUAAAGUGAAAGCUGGUAAGAAAUCUGGAUCAUACACAAAACGACUUACAAGACGUUUUCGUUGCGAAAAUAUGAUAUUGAAUCGUUCAUAUAUGACGUUAUAUGAAGCUGGAGAUAUUAAAGGGACAUUGUUUAAAAUUUGUGAACAAUCCGAUUACAAAACAUUUGGACAAUUAUUUAUACCAACUCGUAGAAAAAAUCUGAGUAAAAUUGGUGAAGGAUGCUUUGGUGAAGUGUUUCGUUGUCCAGAUGAAUCUAAUCCAACUGAAUAUGUAGUCAUUAAAUUAAUUCCAAUUGAGGGUAAUAUUAAAUUCAAUGGAGAAUCACAAAAAUCUUUCAGUGAAGUACUUUCAGAGGUUAUUGUUUCUAAAGAACUAACUGCUCUUGGUAUGGGUCUUAAGAAUAAUACAUGUGGAUUUGUAGAAUUGAAAAAAGUUCAUCUUAUCCAAGGUUCGUUUCCUGCAUAUUUGAAAAAAGCAUGGGAUAAAUAUGAUAAAGACAAAAAAUCAGAAAACGAUAAUCCAAGUAUCUUUCCUAAAACUCAAUUAUGGGUUGCUUUAGAAUCAGCAUUUUGUGGAGUUACUCUAGAAAAUAAUGUUCCAAUUUGCCCAUGUGCCCGUUUAUCUAUUCUAUUACAAAUUGGUGUAUCGUUAGCUGUCGCUGAACUAGAAUUGAAAUUUGAACAUAGAGAUUUACAUUGGGGUAAUGUUUUAAUCAGUCAUUCAUCAUCAUCUCCCAACUCUUCUCCUUCAUCAUCAAUAUCCAGUAAUGAUAAUCUCUGUCCGUAUUGUUGUACAUUAUACAAUGAAGAGAAUGAAAAAUCAUAUGUGAAAUUUCGUUUAGAAGGAUAUGAAUGGAAUAUUCCAAAAUUUCGUUACAUUGUUCAUUUGAUAGAUUUUACAAUGUCUCGUUUAGAACAAGAUGAAGGUUUAGUCUACGUUGAUUUAAGCACUGAUCCAACUUUAUUUCAAUCACAAGGUGAUUAUCAAUUUGAUAUAUAUCGUCAUAUGAAAUCUGCAAAUCAUAAUGAUUGGAAAAAAUUUACACCUAUAACUAAUGUAAUGUGGUUUCAUUAUUUAACAACAAAAUUAUGCACUAAUUCAGACCAUUCAUCAUUAUCGUCGUCGUCGUCGUCAUCAUCGCAAUUACAUAAUGUAUGUUGGAAACAAUUACAUAAUUUAGAAUUUAUGACACGUUCCUUUGAUAAUUAUAAAUCUGCAUAUCAUUUAGUUACAAAUUGUAAUAUAUUUAAAAAUUUCUCUGAUUUUUUAAAGAUUUCUUAAUAUACUAUUAUUAU